AUGCCUACCACCGUCUACAUCGCCAUCUACGACGUCUACGAUGAGCGGGAUCCAAUCCACUGGGCCAUCUUUCUCGAAAACCCCUCUGAAGGCAAUGUCAUUCUUCAGGUCAGCGACGAGAAGGGCGGUAGGGGCUACUACGUCGAGGAGCCCAUUCCCGACAAAGAACCUCAACGCUCCUCGCGCCAUAUGACCUCCAUCGAGGCUGGUACCAUCAGCUCGGCCGAUCAUCAAAGCUUAGCGGUACAGCCCAACAAGUUUGAUGUUCGUUAG